AUGUCCGCCCAGCGGACCAGAUCGGCACUCACUUCAUCGGUUCGUUUGAGGCACUAUCAGGAAACGUGCCAAGGUAUACGACCUUUUCUUGAUGGCGAAAUAUGCGAAUCCGAACAGUACGGGAGUGUUUUUAGCAAGAGAACUGUAUCGGAAGACCGUCCGGUGACAAAGUCUCGAGACGAGGUGUGGUCGCGAAGAACAAAGGAAACGAACAAAACAAAAAGAAACUGGGUAGCGGAGCGCGGAGACGUUCGUGGCACACGUCGCCCCGGGCCGACGUUUUUGGCGAAACGUGAUUUGAUUGGCCGUUAA